AAAAAAAAAAAAAAAAAAAUGAAUAAAAAUUAAAACGCGGUUAUUAAUUUCUACGCGUUAAAAUUUGUCUUUUCUCCUUGAUAGAACCAUGGAGCUUGAUGAGUACUAUGACAUUGAUUCCAUCUUGGCAGAACAAAUAAAAAUACCAUGCAUUGCACUUCAUGAUUAUACCAAGGAAGCCAACUUAAAUGGCAACAAUACAGAGGUUAAACGUAAUACUCGAGUUGAAUUACCCUAUUGGAUGGCUAAGCCCUUAGCAGAAUAUUCGUUACCAGCCAAUGAUUCCCUUAUUUCGAUUGAAUUACCAAAGACUUAUGGCACAAAAGUGAGAAAUGCUCUAGAUGCAAGUCCUGUCCUUGUUGAUUUUAGAUUACUUUGUCCUUAUUUUUAUUUAUUUGGCAUUAAAUUAUUAGAUCUAGUUGUAGAUGAUAAAUUAGGUGGUAUAUUGCAAAAGGCAUUUAAAUUAAGGCUUCAAGAAACUAUGAAUUAUUCACGAACCAUAAAUAGUUCAAAAGGGCAGGAGUUUCUACAAAAAUUAGAUGAAACAGAGAAAGAAUUAUUUAGAGCAGGCCAAGAUAGUGCUUUGCAAUUUAAGCAAUGGCGAGAUAGAGCCGUACAUCAAAUCAAGACAGCUAAUAUUGGCCCAAAACCUUCUGUUUUAUAAUAACCGUGGAAUAGGUAAAAAAAAAAAAUAAAAAAAAAAUGAUUUUCGG